AUGAGCCCUGAAGACCACGAGCACAACUUCAUCUUGGAUCGCUUUUGUUCGCGUUUUCCAAAGCAUAAAGACGGACAUCGCCAGGAAAUCCAGGAUAUUCGGUACAAUGACAAGUUUAGUUUUCUCCUUCCUCCAGACAGCAAAGGUUUAAGUUCACAUUUCCCUUUGAGUGCAGAAGAUGAAAAGAACCUCCACAAAGUAUACUCAUACUAUCUCUGUGAUGAUGGAAAAGGAGCGGAACCUGUUGAUUGGUUGUACAAUAAUGUAAGCAGGAAGUACACCAUUAAUCGUGAUGACCUCGAUGGGAAAAACUUUCUUGGUUCGCCAGUGCUGUAUUUUGAUAAGAAAGAUAAAACCUUCGUAGUUGGAGUGGUUGGUAAGAAAGACAACACUUAUUACCCAAUGUUCCUCGAAAGUGCCUCACUGAUUAUUCCUGUUGUUCCGAACAAAGUGGAAAUUGUAGAAUAUCCAAGUGAAAUCACCGAAGACAGAGUGACCUUGACGUGGAGAGCACCUAAAGAAAAUGGAGAAGAGAUAACAGGGUAUACAGUUUAUCAAAGAGGAGUGAAUGAAAAUGGCUCAGGUUCCUCCUGGGAUGGAAAGUCUAUUGGUCCAGGCGUUCUUCGCCAUGAAGUCAUUGGUUUAGAAAGUGGAAAAGUGUACGAAUUCCAAGUAACCGCCACAAAUCGGUACGGUGAGAGUGAAAGAGGGGAGGACGCGAAAGUCAAAGUAAAAGUGUUAGGUGUUCCUAAUCAAGUGGAACUUGAAGAUGUCCCACGUGAAAUAACUGAAGACAGAGUGAUCUUGAAGUGGAGAGCUCCUAAAGACAAUGGAGCAGAGAUAACAAAGUACACAGUUUAUCAAAGAGAAGUAAAUGAUGAUUAUUCAGAUUCUACCUGGGAAGGAACGUCAACUGGUCCACACGAUCUGCCACAUGAAGCCAUUGAUUUAGAAAAGGGAAAAAUGUACGAAUUCCAAGUAACUGCCACAAACUGGUGCGGUGAGAGCGCGAAAGGGAUGAACGCGUUAAUCAGAGUAAAAGUAUUGGGUGUUCCAAAUCAAGUGGAAAUUGAAGAAGUUCCAAGUGAAAUAACUGAAGUCAAAGUGAUAUUGAAGUGGAGAGCACCUGAAGACAAUGGAUCAGCGAUAACAAAGUAUACAGUUUAUCAAAGAGAAGUGAAUGAAGAUGGCGCAGGUUCUUCUUGGGAGGGAAAGCCUACUGUUCCAGAAGUUCUUCAACUUGAAGUCGAUGGUUUAAAAAGCGGGAAAAUGUACGAAUUCCAAGUAACUGCCACAAACCAAUGCGGUGACAGUUCAAGGGCAGAGGAACGCCCCUACUUAGUCCAAAUUGCUUGUGUCUCACCUGAAUCUUUACUAGAGUUUUUUCUGUUCAAGAUGGUCAUGUUUUUCAAAAACAUCAUUUGGUAUUUGAGGAAUGGAACGGAAGAGUGAAGAAGUCAUGGAUUUCGAAACUGGACCAGGAAAUAGGAUGGAGCAGCAUAACCAAACCCGAAACAAUCUUCACCUUGAUACUCAAAACCGAAAUUGCAAUCUAAAAUUACAUCUCAUGACUAAUCAUAAAAAUGAAUCAAUAAGACUGGGGUAGACCCCAUCAGAACCAUGCAACCAACAUUUGAAUUAUGGUGUGAGUUCGUGUGUUUCUUUUUUGAUACAUAAUGAACCAACGACAAAACGAAAGAAGAGUACAGUAAUUACCAUUUUUCCUGAAAGUCUUCAACUGUGGUUUAUACCACGGGUCUUCGUUCAAAGAAUAGUUAACAUAUGGAUAAUAUGUAAGACCUUGUCGAUUAAAUGUGCAACUGUAAAUUAAUGCAAAAGUCGUGCAGAAAUUGAAGGUUGGUUGCAAAACUGAAGUACUUUAAUUCAUUUGCAAUCUGCAAGUAGUGAUGCUCGACCUGCGAAUCCUGUGAUAUCACUAAGAAUCUUUCAUCCAUGAUGAGGAAUGUAUGGAAGUAGUACUAACAAACCAUACUUCAUUCAACUUGCAAAAAUAUUAUGAUGAACAAUUUUUUUUUGGUCCAGUGUCAGCAUAAAGGUAUAUAAUUUGGUUAAAGCAGAAGUUUGGCAAUUAGGUUUAAGCAUUAAUAUUACCAGAGGGAUUACCGAUAUACCUUCCAUUAACCUUCUCGUAAACAAAACCGAUCAAGGAACUGUCGUAGGACUCUUGUAAAAAAUGAACGAUCUUGUAAAUCAUAAACCGAUUUUAGAGA